CCUUUCUCAAAUCUGUCUAUAUGCAAACUCAGCCUCUCGCUAUAUAUCUGUGUUUAGUUACGUUUUCCCAUACUUGCCCAGAAGAAGAAAGAUUUUGAAACGCCCCAUAAAUUCCUGAUAUAUAUCUCCUUCUUCUGCAUCAUUCAUCAGGGUUUCGGUUGUCUAGGGUUUUCUUGGGAAGAAAAAGGAAAGAAAGUUCACACACACACACACACACAUAAUGGGAAGAGGUAGGGUUCAGCUGAAGAGGAUAGAGAACAAGAUCAAUCGGCAAGUGACUUUCUCCAAAAGGAGAAAUGGAUUGUUCAAGAAAGCUCAUGAGAUCUCUGUCCUCUGCGACGCUGAGGUCGCUCUUAUUGUCUUCUCCCACAAAGGAAAGCUCUUUGAGUAUUCCACUGAUUCUUGCAUGGAGAAGAUUCUGGAACGCCAUGAAAGGUAUGCGUAUGCAGAGAGACAGCUAGCAGGAGAAAAUGAUAAUUCUGAGUCACAGGAAAACUGGACCAUUGAAUAUUCUAGACUCAAAGCUAAGAUUGACCUUUUGCAGAGAAACCAUAGGCACUAUGUGGGAGAAGAUCUGGGUUCUUUGAGCCUCAAAGAGCUGCACAGUCUGGAGCAGCAGCUUGAUACUUCCAUCAAACAAAUUCGGACACGCAAAAACCAGCUGAUUUAUGAGUCCAUCGCGGAGCUUCAGAAAAAGGAGAAAGUGAUACAGGAACAGAAUAGCAUGCUGGCAAAGAAGAUAAAGGAGAAAGAGAAGGCGGCGGCAACACAGCAUAUGACAUGGGAACACCAAAACCUUGGAGCACCUAAUUCAUCUUAUUUACUCCCUCCUCCUCCACUUCCCACUCUCCACAUCGGAGGGAAUUACCGAGAGGAAACUGCGGAAGCAGAAAGGAACGAGCUUGACCUAACCCUGGAGCCACUCUAUUCCUGCAACCUCGGAUGUUAUUAAUUAAUUAAGAACUUAAUUAAUUAAUACUCGUAUGUUGUUUUCUGUGUCUUCUGAUAUUGCGAGGCAUUAUAUUACGUAUCAUAUCAACAAUGAGACAAUGUUGAUUACUGAACUCAUAAUUGAUGUCUCUAUUUUAAAUGCUAUUAUGUUCACGUACGUGUGUUAUAAACUGUAACUAUAUAUGUACUCACAGCUUAAUGGUAAUUAAGCUUUUUGUUUAUAUAUGCAUGUAUCAUGUAUGAAUCGUUA